AUGACAGAAUACCGCACGGUCUACUCUGACCGCGGCCGUUUACGCUACGUGCCUGACCACCUCAAGGACCCUACCCGCUCCAAUCGAGGCAUCUUUCAAGCACGCAAUCGACGACCGCACCGCAUUCACAUCGCACACGUCGGACCCGACCCGACUCUAUAUCGUUGUCAAAAGCGGCAGACGACCAGCAAGUCGUACUUCACCGAAAAGCUGGCGACCCCACGCGACAGCGCGAAACGUUUCCUUCGUUCCUUCAUCGACUCCCGUUUCUCUCCCAAUCAAGAUCUCCCCGCCACAGUCACGCCGCGAUCGUCCACGAGCAGUAGCAACCGAAACUCAAUCGCCUCAGUCUUGUUUGAACGGGACCCUGGCGAAAUGAGAUCCAGUCAGAGGAACUCUGUCGGUGCAAUAGGAGCAGUAAGCGUCAUUGGCAAUACUCUGGCUGCAGCAGCAAUCCCCCGGCCGCCAGCCGUAGAACCGACUUGGUCCUCCGGCCGAACUUCGACCAAAAGUACGAUGACCAGUGUCAAGAGCAUGCCUGAGGAGAAGCCAGUGGCUUCGGGGGGCGGCGUCAGCGUCAACAUUCAACUCACUGAACCUGUUUUGUUCUUGAGGGGAUUUGAACAAGCCGAGUAUGCUGAGCGAAAUACUGCUAUGUUACGGGGAUCCUUGGUCUUGAAGAUUGCCAAACCCUCGAAACUCAAGGCAGUCACGCUGAAGUUCCGUGGAAAAGCGACGACGAAAUGGCCAGAAGGUAUCCCACCGAAAAAGGUCGAUUUUGAGGAGGUGGACAUCUUGAUGAGCCACACAUGGCCAUUCUUCAACUCGCAAUUCCCGACAGCCGAGUAUGGCACUGGCGCAGAUUGCGUAGAACUCUGCAAGAACAAUAGCAACAUCACCAACUCGCCAAACAACUCAUCUCUGAACUUGACCUCGAGAGAAGUGAAGCGAUUGUCAUUACAGGUCAACCAAUCACGCAGUUUCGGCAAGGGUGAAACCCCAUCCGGAGGACCUUCAGUAGCACAGAAGGGAUACAGAACCUUCGACGCGGGCGAGUACAUGUACAACUUCGAACUACCUCUUGAUAGUCAUCUUCCGGAAACUAUUGAUGUAGACCUCGGUUCUGUCAAGUACGAACUCGAAGCCAUCGUGGAACGCGCUGGAGCUUUCCGCACAAACUUGGUCGGCACCAAAGAAGUUCAACUCAUUCGUGCACCUUCAGAAGGCUCUCUGGAGCAAGUGGAGCCCAUAGCAAUCAGCAGAAGCUGGGAGGAUCAGCUACACUACGAUAUCGUGAUUUCAGGCAAAUCGUUUCCGCUCGGUGCACAGGUUCCCAUCGCUUUCAAGCUGACGCCGCUUGCCAAGGUCCAAUGUCAUCGGAUCAAGGUCUUCGUCACAGAGAAUGUUGAAUACUUUUGCAAUAACAAGCGAGUGCAUCGUAUGGAACCUGUCCGCAAAGUGCAGCUCUUUGAAAAACGAGCAGAUAGCCCGCCCACAAGUACGUUCCCUGGUAGCACGAUGAGAAUCGUAUCUGGCGGCGGAGUGCCUUACGACCAGAGAGCUGCGGCAUCCCGAGGCGAGGACGUGCAGGUGGCAGAUCCCACCAAUCUGCUGGGUGACCUUGGUGGUGACGACAACAUCGGUCCCACGGAAAUGGAAUUUAAUGUGCAGCUGCCAAGCUGUCACAACAUGAAAGACAAAGACAAGCAAUCAAGAUUGCACUUUGACACAACGUACCAAAAUAUCCAAGUGCAUCACUGGAUCAAGCUUGUCAUGCGCCUUUCGAGACCUGACGCCGUCGAUUCCACCAAGAGGAGGCAUUUUGAGAUUUCCAUUGACUCACCUUUCCACAUUCUUUCGUGUCAAGCGACCCAGGCAAACACAGCGCUACCCGCAUACUCGUCGCCUGAACCAGCGAUGAGCAGGACGCUAAUACCCGACUGCGGGUGUCCAAAUGCACCGGCUCGACGCGCGUCACCUACCGGUUUUGUGCCCACACUAAGCUCCUUGAGCCGCUCAAGAGGCAAUUCAGAUGCGACAAUCGCGACACCUGCUCUUGCGCGCCCGCAAGCAGCGCACAUUGGAGGGCCGACCGACACCGCUGUACAACGACCCAUUCACCUCUUGCGAGUACCCUCCUUCAACCCUCCGGCCUUCUCAGACGAGGAGCCCCCACCACCUCUAGAGACACCACCCCCGCUCUACGAAACGAUUGCAUCCCCGACAAACGGACUUGCAGAUUACUUCUCCCGCUUAUCCGCCUACGAUGACGACAGCGAUCUCGAGCGCAACGACCGUGGCCGUGUCGAGAUACCCUUGACACCGGGCGGUCGUACAGCAAGAAGCAUGGACGAGCGACGAACAUGGUUACCCGUUGGUCAUUGA